GGAAGCGCAUUGAACUCGAGACACGUAAAUGUUUCUAAAUAUAGAACGCUCGACUCCAACGGCUGUUCGCUGUUGGCUGUUGGCUGUUGGCUGUUGACUGUUCCGCUUAGUUCCGCUGCAGCUCAGAAUCCGGCACUUCCUAUGUAGCUAUAAAUAUGCAGCCCCAUCCGAUUCGACUAGACAGCUGGCUGCUAUAGGUAUAUAAAAAUAAAUAUAUUUAGAAACAUAGUGGAUGCUGCCACCAAGGCCAGUCCAGUGCAACGUGCAGCGUCAUGGAAUGCAGAAGUGUGCCUACUCUGCCUACCUAUGCUCAGUCCAGCACCGAUUCAAAGAGGAGCUCUCUCUGUCCACUGCUGUUUCCGUAUAAGACGCCCCGAUCACCCGAUCCGGUCAUCAUACUCAUCACUUUGACCGUGCUCGUUGGCUCCUUUUGCCUGCUCAGUGGCUUUAUACUGCUCUGUGUGGUAUCCAAGGCAUGGCACGAUGACACAUCCGAGGCUAUUCUGUUAAUGGGCAUUGGCUUCUUCAUCACAUCCUUAUCUUGCGUCACCUGGAAACUAACGAAUGCGCAACGCCUGACUCAAUUAAGGGAAACCAUUGCGAUUUAG